AUGGCUCAUGAAGUACCGCCUAACAACUUGAUGUUUCGGAACUCAUUAAGAAAGACCAAUUAUUCGGCAAAGAAGUAUCUAGAGCUUACGCCAGACAUUAUUCCGCACUACGGCAACAAACUUGAUCCUAAUUUCUUGAUCCAGGAAUACGACAAUCUUAUCAAUCUCCCGCUCCAACCAAAUGAGAUAAACAACAUUUAUUUUCGAGCGAAAUCAGACCCUAAUGUUGAGCCAGGAGCUCGCACUGCAGUCGUUCUCCGUGCCGUACCCAACGAGCUCAUUCUAUGGCCUCAAGUGUGGAACAAAACAAAUCUGAUUAGCCCUGGACCAUUGGUUGUCACGUCUUCCGCUCCGAAUGAAAUCAUUGCGUGUGCCACACCUUUCAGAUUCACACCGCCCAAUAUGGGCGGUACCACUUACGCCCUAAUUGCUACCCAGUAUCCGCUCAAUACACCGCUACCUCCAGAAACACGUUUGAGGGAUGCUUUGCCGCCUCCUGCAGCAGAUGUAAAGAACUGGAAGGAUCUUGUUAACUACUUUAACAAUGACACGUCGACAGUUUAUUACAAUUUUGUUGUCGAGGAUUCCAAGGCUCCUAUCAUUAGCGCCUCUACACGUCUUCGCAUCUUUGAUGAUGGCACAGAACCACUGCCGAUUAUUAUCACGAUUUUGUGCUCGGCUUUUCCAGAGGGAACAUAUGUAUCUCUCUCUUCAACAACUGGUGUUAUCAAUAUGGCCAAGUGUAGGCUUCCAGGCCCGCUCAUUUAUUUCGAGGUCCCGUUAUCUGCCGGGUUUGACGACAUCCUUACUAUCAACAUUUUCCUUGCGCCAGAUGGUCUCUGUGACCCCCUUUCUUUCGUCUCCCUUCGAGCCAGUGUUAAUAUAGGAGGUAAUGAUGGCUCACUCCAUGAUGAAAUCCUCGGAUCGCUGAACAUCGUUAUCCACGAUGAGGCCACCACUCACUUGAACUACGCAAGUCAUGCGGCUAACCGACUUCAGGAAUAUAUCAAUACGAAAGAUGCCGAGGCCAAAGCUGGCGCAAUUCCAACGACUUCCGACACCAUGAUACUCGGUCGUGCAACUGGAUGGUGGUUCCGUGAUCAUUUGUUUGACGUAAACAAAUUUCCACGGCAACUAUAUGGAUCUAAUUCACCUGAUAUUCAACCGGUCGGGACGCAAAAUAAACCGGAAUUCAAGACAAUCUUAGGUGGUUAUAAUUCGAAUCUAGAUUGGUCCAAUGAACAUCAGAUCAACCUCCAGCAAGGCGCACCAAAUUAUAUCUACCUUCGUGGAAACUGCACUUUGGGCGACGAUUACCUUGUUGAAACGAGACUUUUCUGCGUCCCAGACCGUCUUCUUCUUUACCCACCUAUGUAUUCCCUGUACGCUGUUACAGAUGGCGAUGAUCAAGAUGGAAGAAAAACGGCUAUUCGGCGAAUCAUAUCCACAUCGGCCUCCAGUUUCAAUGUGCUGGACAGGCCUUUCGACCUCUUGAACCCUGCCCCUCCACAAUCAGGAAGUCAUUAUAGCUUCAUUGCCGAGUCCCGCCAUCCUACUGACGAGAACCCGGACCCAAACUGGCCACACGAAGACACUGAUUUAUUUAUCUCUGGUGCCAAAUUUGCCGAAUGGAUAGCUAAUACACCCAAUAUCUGCUGGAGAUGCAUUGGGUACUAUCAUGGCGGUGCCACCAUUAUAUGCACCACUACAAUUGAAAUUCCGCGUAACAUUUAUCCGCCGUCUACCCUGUGGUAUGUGAUAGCAGAAGCCUUUAACGCUCCAGUGGGCUCGUCUUGGGAAUUGACUUCAGACAUCUCGAUUGAAGGUGCCAAGAUCCUAUUUCCUAGGACGCUAAUUGCUUCGGGCGACAGGGAGACUCGGGGAUGUGGAUUUACAGGAAUUCCUCCAGGUGGUAUUAAAUUCCGGGUUAAUUUACAAUGGUUCUCCGAGGGCAAGAAUGUUCCAAAUGACAUGAGAUUUGGCAUCCAGCUCGUCAGGCACAAGAGAAACGGAGGGCCAAACAUGAUCCAUCCCGCGGCCACUAUUACUCUCCCUGAAGAGGCAGCCAACUGGCCUUUCAGCGUUGGUAUACAUCAUCCAGGACUCGAGAACAAGAUUAAUGCCGAAAUCAGUGAGAACCAUAUUGAAUAUCUUGGAGAUCACUUUAAGACUAUCGGUCCCAACCCCUGGCCCCAUAAAACACCCGUUACGGGCUUUGUAAUGGGUUCGGAUACAUGGCUUCAUGAUUAG